CGCCUGUGGCGGGGACGGGCGCGGCGGGGCGAGCGCUGUGGCGGAGUCGGGGAGCGGCAGGUCUUGGGUGUCUCUGAAUGGAUUCCAGAGAAUUCCCCGCCUCUUUGGGGCCCCGGUCUCUGCACAAUAAGCCCCUGAUUGGGGAUCUCCCUGCGGCCCUGGAGUUCGGAGAGGAUCCGCUGGCCUCCCAAACAGCCUCCAUCCCACAAGCAGCGACUGUCCAGUCCCAAGAGAUGGAGUGGGAGGUGCCUAAGCAAGCGACGUCUGACGUGAGCUUGGAGUUUGGCCUGGGGAAAGCGAGGGACCUGUCCACCCUAAGCAAGUCAAAGAGUUUGGCCCCGAGUAAGCCCAGCACUUUGGAGAUCCUGGAGAAGCCGGACCUUCUGGACAGCCUGAGCAAAGGGGGGGACCAGGAGGUGCUGGACAAGUCUGGGGCCCCCGACGGCUUGUUCAAGGCACGUGGCUCUGUGGACCCAGAGAAUGGCACCGAAGCCCCCCCUGUGCCGGCAACUGAACCCUUGGGCCCCGAAGCUUUGCAGGAGGAAGGGGGGUCCCAAGCAGGCAAGGAGGAGGAGGAGAGCCACGCCAAGCACACAGGCUGGGCUCCAAACAGCUCCGCCAAGGAGGACCCGGAGCUGGUUGAGGUGAGGAGCGGGCCGCCUUCCCAAGAAGCCGCCCCCUCAUCCGGCAGCCCCCCAACAAGCCCACGGCUGGCCAAGAAGCCCCGGUUGAAAUCCCCCAAGAAGAACUCCCUGGAGCAAAAGGAGGACACUUUGGCCCCCGCAGGGCAGGACAGAGAGCCCCCGCCGAACAGCCUUCCUGAGCCCGGGCCGCCCCCACUGCCUCCUCUGGAAGUGGCCGAGGGGUCUCUGAGUGCAGCCCAGAACGAAAGUGGCGUCAGCGAAGCCGCAAAAGCGCGAGAGACGGGACCCCCGCCCUCCCUUGCAGGGGAAGCUGCCGCUGCCAAGGGAGCCGAGGCCCCCGUUGAAAGGGAACAGAAGAGGAGCGAGCGAGCCAGGAGGGCAGAGGUGUCUCGGCCAGAAACGGUCAACUCUUCAGAGAGCAUCCCUGUCUCUGACGAGGACUCGGAUGCCAUGGUGGACGACCCCAACGACGAGGACUUUGUCCCCUUCCGCACCCGCCGCCCCACCCGCCUGUCUCUGCGCAGCCAGGUGGCCCCGCGGGCGCCCCGCUCCACCGUCACCAAGAUGACCUGCGCCAACUGCCGCACGCCGCUGCAGAAGGGCCAGACGGCCUACCAGCGCAAGGGGCUCCCGCAGCUCUUCUGCUCCAGCUCCUGCCUCACCACCUUCUCCAAGCGGCCCCUCAGCAGGAAGAGCUGCACCUUCUGCAAGAAGGAGAUCUGGAACACCAAGGAGUCGGUGGUGGCCCAGAUCGGCUCCGACAACUCUUUCUUCGAGUUCUGCACCUCCGUCUGCCUCUCGCUCUACGAAGCGCAGCAGCAGCAGCAGCAGCAGCAGCAGCAGCAACCGGCCACGCAGGCAGCCGAAACCUCGGACUCUGUCCGGUGCAGUGUGUGCUACAAGACUGGAGAGAUCCAGCAUGAAGUGAGCAAUGGCAGCGUGGUGCACCGCAUCUGCAGCGACGCCUGCUUCACUAAGUUCCGGGCCACCAAAGGGCUGAAGACCAACUGCUGCGACAGCUGCGGCCUCUACCUGUACAAGGGGGUCCCCCUGGAGUACCUUUUCCAUGAGGGGCAGCAGAAGCGUUUCUGCAACUCCGCCUGCCUCAACAGCUACAAGAAGAAACACGUCCGGCUCUACCCCUGCACGUGGUGCAAGACACUCUGCAAGAACUUCGAGAUGCUCUCCCACAAGGACCGGAACGGCCAGCUGGCACUCUUCUGCUCCGUCUGCUGCACCACUUCCUACAAGGUCAAGCAGGCCGGACUGACAGGACCCGUCCGGCCUUGCAGCUUUUGCCGGAAGAGCCUGUCUGAGCCCUGCUAUUACAACAAGAACAAGCAGGUGGUGUACCAGUUCUGCAGCCCCAGCUGCUGGACCAAAUUCCAGCGCUCCAGCCCGGAAGGUGGCAUCCACUUGACCUGCCACUCCUGCCACAACCUCUUCAAUGGGAAGCCCGAGAUCCUGGAUUGGCAGGACAAGGUCUACCAGUUCUGCUGCCGGGACUGCUGCGAGGACUUCAAGCGGCUGCGCGGGGUGGUGUCCCAGUGCGAGCACUGCAAGCAGGAGAAGUUGCUGCACGAGAAGAUCCGCUUCUCGGGAGUGGAGAAGAACUUUUGCAGCGAAGGGUGUGUGCUUCUUUACAAACAGGAUUUCACCAAGAACCUGGGCCUUUGCUGUGUGACCUGCACCUACUGCUCCCAGACCUGCCAGCGAGCCGUCACCGAGCAGCUGGAGGGCAGCACCUGGGACUUCUGUAGCGACGACUGCAAGAGCAAAUACCUGCUCUGGUACUACAAGGCAGCUCGGUGCCAUGCUUGCAAGCGGCAGGGGAAGCUGUUGGAAACCAUUCACUGGCGGGGUCAAAUCAAGCAUUUCUGCAACCAGCAGUGUCUGUUGAGGUUUUACAACCAACAGAACCAGCCCAACCUGGACACCCAGAAAGGGCCCGAGAGUCUGCUGAACAGUCAGGCCCCGGAGCCCAAGCAGCCCUCCGCCACUGCCCAGAAAGCAGAGCCCAACGCGGAGACGGCCAAGGCCGCCCCCACCUCGCCAGCAUCCGCUCCCCCCCAGGCCCCCCAGCCGGUCACCCCCCGGAAGAACAAGGCCGCCAUGUGCAAGCCUCUCAUGCAGAACCGGGGGGUUUCCUGCAAGACGGAGAUGAAGUCCAAGGGCUGCCAGACAGACGACUGGAAGCCUCCGGUGGUCCUGCUGCCCAUCCCGGUGCCAGUCUUUGUGCCCGUGCCCAUGAACAUGUUCUGCCAGAAGGUCCCGGUGCCCUUCUCCAUGCCAGUCCCCGUGCCGGUGCCCAUGUUCCUGCCCACCACCCUGGAGAGCACCGAGAAGAUUGUGGAGACCAUUGAGGAGCUGAAGGUGAAGAUCCCUUCCAACCCCCUGGAGGCCGACAUCCUGGCUAUGGCGGAGAUGAUCGCGGAGGCCGAGGAGUUGGACAAAGCCUCUUCUGACUUGUGUGACCUGGUGAGCAACCAGAGUGCCGAGGGGCUCCUGGAGGAUUGCGACCUCUUUGGGCCAGCCAGGGAUGACGUGCUGGCCAUGGCGGUCAAGAUGGCAAACGUCCUGGAUGAGCCGGGGCAGGACCUGGAGGCCGACUUCCCUAAGAACCCCUUGGACAUCAAUCCCAGCGUGGACUUCCUCUUCGACUGCAGCCUGGUGGGCCCCGAGGACGUUGCUGCGGACCCAGACUUGCCUCGCUCGAUUCGCAAGGGCCAGAAGCGCCUGGUGCUGUCGGAGAGCUGCUCCAGGGACUCGGUGAGCAGCCAGCCCAGCGGCUCAGCCCUCAACUCCUCCUACGGGGUGAAUGCCUGGAAGAGUUGGGUGCAGGCCAAGUACGUCGGUGCCGAAACCAGCAAGGGCGAUGAGCUGCGCUUUGGCCCCAAGCCCAUGCGGAUCAAGGAGGACAUCCUGGCCUGCACGGCGGCCGAGCUGAACUACGGCCUAGCCCAGUUCGUCAAGGAGAUCACCCGGCCCAACGGGGAGCGCUAUGAGCCAGACAGCGUCUAUUACCUGUGCCUGGGAAUCCAGCAGUACCUGCUGGAGAACAACCGCAUGGUCAACAUCUUCACCGACCUCUAUUACCUGACUUUCGUGCAAGAGCUCAACAAGUUGCUGAGUGGCUGGCAGCCCUCCGUCCUGCCCAACAGCACAGUCUUCUCCCGCGUGGAAGAGGAGCACCUCUGGGACUGCAAGCAGCUGGGCGUCUACUCCCCGUUUGUGCUGCUCAACACCCUGAUGUUCUUCAACACCAAGUUCUUCGGGCUGCAGACGGCCGAGGAGCACAUGCAGCUCUCCUUCACCAACGUGGUGCGGCAGUCGCGCAAGUGCACCACGCCGCGGGGCUCGGCCAAAGUCGUGAGCAUCCGCUACUACGCGCCUGUGCGGCACCGGAAGGGCCGAGAGAGCAGCCUGGGCAAGCGGAGGCGAGAGGAGGAGGCGCCGGUCUUGGAGCAGCGGGAGAACCGGAUGAACCCCUUGCGCUGCCCGGUGAAGUUCUACGAGUUCUAUCUCUCCAAAUGCCCCGAGAGCCUCCGCAGCCGCAACGACGUCUUCUACCUGCAGCCGGAGCGUUCCUGCAUCGCAGAGUCCCCGCUCUGGUACUCGGUCAUCCCCAUGGACAAGAGCAUGCUGGAGAGCAUGCUGAACCGCAUCCUGGCUGUGCGCGAGAUCUACGAGGAGCACAGCCGCGGGGCGGGAGGCCUGGAUGACGACAUGGACUGAGCCGGGCUGCCCUGGUUGUGAGAGAAGGUGGGCUCCGGUGCUGCUCCCCCCCGGCUGCAGGGACCGGGGGCAGCUGCCCGCCAGCCCUUCCCUUUCUGGGUGGGUGGGCACAGAGGACUUGGCCACCACCUCUUCCAUCCUGGCGAAUGGGCCCCUGCUGCCUCUGUCCUCCCCACGCUUCUCGGGGGUCCCCGCUUGGCUGGCCUUGUCACCCGGCCCCCCUCUCUUUCAGACUGGCAGGGGAUUUUGGACUUGGAGGUUGGGUCGAGAGCUCCGGGCCCCUGCCAGUUCUGGCCGUGGGGAGGGAGGGGGAGAAGGAGAGGGGGUGGCUCCGCAGGGCCCAUUGUUCGCCCCCUCCCCUUCCGCUGACCUCUGGCCCUGGCCUGCUGCUCUUCCUCCAGGGGCUCAGAGGCCGCCUUGCACCCGGGUCCCUCGUCUCUGUGUGUGGCGUUGAACUCUGAGCUAUGGCUGGUGGUGGUGCUGUUUGUUGAGCCUGUAUAUACAUUGUCCUGGCCCAGCCCUGCAGUGUCCGUGUCUCCAGUGAGCCAGUUGCGGGCCUCGUUGUCGCGUUGUGAUAUACUGGACGUUAAGACUCGGCAGCCCCUGUCCUUCCGGCCUCUCUCUGGAAACCAUUCAUUUCAAAUAAAGGCAAAAA